AUUGAUUGUUCUGCUCACUAUGCUUCAUUUGCUCCCACUGUAACAUACACAGACACUACCUUGGGUUAGUUAUAAAUAUGUUGUAUUAUGUUCGACUCACCAACCGGAUAUGAGUUAUGUCAAUGUUUAACAUCCUGUCCACGUGUCCGGGAAAACGAGUGGAGAGUUUAUUUUAUUUUGUGAAAUAAGCAAUGGAGGCUGAGGACCUUUACAUCAAACCAGGUAACCAGGAGCGGGGCUGGAAUGACCCUCCACAGUUUUCCUACGGUUUGCAGACAGCAGCACAAGGUGCACCCAAGAGGACCCCUCUCAACAAGAGAGUGCCCCCACCUCAACUUACUGGAUCCCCCAGUCCGGUUCCAGGAACUUCUCCAACCUCAACAGUUCCAAUGACUCCUCCUACCAACCCACUGGUCCCUCCUCCAUGUAGUAUGAACACGUCCCCUCGGCCAUGUCAGGUUGCAGCCCCUCCUGUUGGUGGGGUGAUGAUGAUGGCCACAUCUCCACCACCUUGCCAUGUGGUAGCGCACACAGAGUCUGCCAGUGACCAAUCAGAAAGUGAGCCAGAUGUCGACGACGUAGUUACUCUUCUCAACUGGGCACUGACAGCUUGUCGACACACAGUCAAAAAACAGGUGUGUGACGAUGUGGCGAAGCGCUUGAAGCUUUUUGAGGACAUGUGGAGGUCUGGGAAGUUGUCACUUCCUGUUAGACGAAGAAUGAAUGGACUGGUGCAAGAGUUGAAGAGCUGGAACUGGGACGCUGCUGAUGAAGUCCAUCGGGCUCUGAUGGUUGACCAUGUUAACGAGACAUGAGGUGUGGCUUCGUUUUGACCAUGUGAAGACUGUGACGACGACGACAACAACAACAUUGUUUAUUGUUACUAUGUGAGACUGUUUAUUGUUGCUAAGUGAGAGUAAUUCAUGUGAACUCAUCACGAAUAAUGUCAUACAUCUGAAAAUUGCCCCAGUCGACAUAUGAAAGAUUGGCGCAUGUUUGUGAAAAGAAUAUGUUGGAGCAAGGUCUGAAUGUUUUAAUCAAGUGGUAAUUGAGCUUAAAGGAGGAGAGAUUGCUGAUUCAGAUCUCCUGUGCUUUAUCGGAGAGAGUGCGAUUGCAUGUUGGCAGGGUUGAGGUUUUGUUCAGUACAAUCUGUGUUUACUGAUUCCCAAUAAUGUAUCUAUGUGGUACUGAAGAACCUGAUGUCUGGGUUGGGACUAAUACUGUAUCUCUCUGUGGUACUGAAUAACCUGAUGUCUGGGUUGGGACUAAUACUGUAUCUCUCUGUGGUACUGAAUAACCUGAUGUCUGGGUUGGGGCUAAUACUGUAUCUCUCUGUGGUACUGAAUAACAUGAUGUCUGGGUUGGGACUAAUACUGUAUCUCUCUGUGGUACUGAAUAACCUGAUGUCUGGGUUGGGACUAAUACUGUAUCUCUCUGUGGUACUGAAUAACCUGAUGUCUGGGUUGGGACUAAUACUGUAUCUCUCUGUGGUACUGAAGAACCUGAUGUCUGGGUUGGGACUAAUACUGUAUCUCUCUGUGGUACUGAAUAACCUGAUGUCUGGGUUGGGACUAAUACUGUAUCUCUCUGUGGUACUGAAUAACCUGAUGUCUGGGUUGGGGCUAAUACUGUAUCUCUCUGUGGUACUGAAUAACAUGAUGUCUGGGUUGGGACUAAUACUGUAUCUCUCUGUGGUACUGAAUAACCUGAUGUCUGGGUUGGGACUAAUACUGUAUCUCUCUGUGGUACUGAAUAACCUGAUGUCUGGGUUGGGACUAAUACUGUAUCUCUCUGUGGUAUUGAAGCAGGGAUCGUGUUAACGCAUGAUUCUGCUAAAAUAAAGAAAAAAUAUCUGCGUUUUGUAAAUGCAGAUACUAAAAAUAAAAAAUCUUAUUGUAAAUUCUGCUAGGGUACAAAUUAUGAAUGUAAUGGGGCUAAUUUUGUGCUUCAGUUGCACUUCUCCACUCGGAUGAAAUAUCUUUGCUCUCCUCAUUGGAUCACUAGUGAUUGGCAUUCCGAGUCUUUUCAGUGAACCAGCUCAUUUGGGUCCGUUGGCUUAUUUGGUUCAAAAUGAUUUAGAACCAUGAUUUGCAGAACCACCUAGAACCCAUCCCCAAUACAAAGCCCCAAAAGUAGGCUCCCAUUGUGUCCAAUGAAAUCCAUUUUUACCUGGGCAAAUUACAUCACCUGCAUUUUUCCCCCGCUGAUCGUGAACCAGAAUGUAUGCUCUCUCCCCACUAAUUAUUGUUUCUGCAGUGCGGAUUCACCCUCAGAGAAUCAUUUUGUAACGUGUCUGCAGAUAGUCGUCGUUUUGAUCUUAAAAAGCAGUAGUAGCAAUAUGCAAAUCAGGGAGCCAAAUGAACGGCUCUUUCACCGAUGUGUUUCGGUUCCCGACGUUCACCAAAAAGAUCUGUUCAAAAAGAGCCGUUCGUUCGCGAACGACCCAUCAGGCAACAUUUUGACUGAUGUGUAGGCUACUUUUAUACCGCGCGUUCCUCCUGGGUAGCUUUUCUCCUGUAGCAAAUUAAAAUGCAAGGUUAUCUUCAACCAAAACAUGAUGAAAUGUAGCUAGCUACAUUCUUUUUUUUUUAAUGGUAAACAUUUGAACUAUGAUGGCCAAGCAUCGUUUUAGAAAAACAUAUCUUGCUUUUAACAUUGUAAGCUAAUUUACUUGUGUGGUUGCCAGCCAAAUAGUGUUGCACUUCUGUUGUCAUUGACAAAGAUUUUCAGCCAAAUAUGUUGCACUAAUGUAUUUAUUUUGUGUGAAGAAAAGGUAUAGUUGCACUCCCCUACCUGCUCCCCCUCUUCCCCUCCUGCUCCCACCCCCCAAUGGACAUUUAUCAUUGUUACAGGUGUAAAUAUGUAUACCUCAACACAGUCGUGAAGAGGGUACGACAACUCCUCUUCCCCCUCAGGAGACUGAAAAGAUUUGGCAUGCACCCUAAGAUCCUGAAAAAGCACCAUCAAGAGUGGCUGCAUCACUGCUUGGUAUGGCAACUGCUCGGCAUCUGACCACAAGGUGAUACAGAGGGUAGUGCGCACGGCGCAACACUGGGGCCGAGCUCCCUGCCAUCUAGGACCUCUAUAUCAGGCAGUGUUAGAGGAAGGCCCUGAAAAUUGUCGAAGGCUCCAGCCACCCAAGUCAAAGACUGUUCUCUCUGCUGCCACACGGCAAGUGGUACGGAGUCAGGGAGCAAAAGGCACCUGAAAAGUUUCCGACCUCAAGACUGCUGAAUUAGUUGAUCAAAUGGCCACCCAGACAAUUUACAUUGACCCCCUUGAUUAUUUAUUAAAUAAUCUUAAUUGUUUGUUGUGAUACUUCGUUUUUCUUUUUUUAAUUUAGUAAAUAUUUGUCUUUUUAACUUUGCGUUGUUGGGAAUGGACUUGUAAGUAAGCAUUUCACUGUAAAGUCUACACCUGUUGUAUUCAAUGCAUGUGACCAAUGCAUUUUAUUUUAUUUUGAUCUAUUGUAAUUCAUAUUGUAUUUUUUAUUAUUGCUUCAAUCACUUUGCUUUUUGACCUGCACUGUUGGAGCUCGGAGUUUAAGGAUUUCACUGUAUCCUGCUAUUAAAUCUGCGACCCUGUUCGUGUGAUGACUAAACUCAUCUAGUCUAAUAAACAAUGGUGUCUGUUG